UCUCUGCGUAGUCUGUUCGGCACACCGCACAUCCCCGCGCACCCCCUCCCUCCGCUGCGCUCCUGAUCCUCUUAUCCACUGAAGAAGCGGAUAAAGAUGGAUGUAGUCAACCAGCUGGUCGCUACUGGGCAGUUCACUGUCAUCAAACAGCCUUUAGGAUUCAUAAAGAUCCUACAAUGGUUUUUCGCCAUCUUUGCUUUCUCCACCUGUGGCUCUUACUCCGGAGUCUUCCGCAUGAGUGUGGAGUGUGAGAACCGCACGGAGAGUGACCUGGACAUCGAUGUCGAGUUCGACUACCCGUUCAGACUCCAUCAAGUGUGGUUCGACGCUCCCACGUGUAAAGGUACCGAGCCGGAGCGGCUGUUCCUCGAAGGUGACUACUCUUCCUCAGCCGAGUUCUUCGUCACUAUCGGUGUUUUCUCCUUCCUCUACUCUAUGGCAGCUCUGUCCGUCUACAUGUUCCUCCUUGAGAAAUACCGCGAGGGAAACCGUGGCGCACGGGCCGAUUUUGUGGUGACGGCUAUUUUCACCUUCUUUUGGUUGGUGAGCUCAUCAGCAUGGGCUAAAGGCCUCACGGAUGUUAAGGAAGCCACCGACCCUGAUGAGGUCAUCAAGCUCAUACCGGCCUGUCGGCGUGAGGAGACCAAAUGCAAAGAAGUGCACGAGCCCAUUGUGUCUGGCCUAAACACAUCUGUGGCGUUUGGGUUCUGCAACCUGGUGCUUUGGGCAGGGAACCUCUGGUUUGUGAUUAAGGAGACUGGCUGGCUCAGUGCUGUCACUGGCACCUACGUGCCCUCUGGAGGAAAACAGCCAGCACCAGACUCCUAUGACCAGGCGGGUUAUGGUCAGGACCCUUACGCUGGCUCUCAGGGUGGGUAUCAACCCGACUACGGGCAACAAGCAGGCGGAUACGAGGGAGGAAGCUACAACCAGGGAGGAUAUGAGCAAGGUGGCCCGACCUCCUUCUCUAACGAAAUAUGAGUAAAUUCACACAGCAUAGCAGCUCUGCGCAGAGCACAGGAGAGGGCAGUUACAUAACCAAGGAGAAAGGAGCCUGCCUAUUACCCAUGAUCCCACACUCCUCUGUUACCCCAUAUGAACAACGUGUGUACGGUCUGAGGGAGGGAGGGAGGGAGAAGGGGAGGGGAGGGUACAUGUGGGAAUUUGGGACAGGGAUGUUCAUAUCCAGUGUGAAAUGUGCUCGUCUAGGAGAAACGAAGGCUGCAAAAAAAAAAAAAAAACCCCACACUUUUUUCCUUUUUUCUUCUUCUUGUUUUGAAUUCUCUGCAGGAAAUACUAUAUAUAUAUAUAUAUAUAUAUAUAUAUAUAUAUAUAUAUAUAUAUAUAUAUAUAUGGAAUUGACAUUGGUUUGAAUGGCUUAUAUAAAUGUUAAAGUACCCCUCCUGAACUAAUAAUUGUAAACCAUUAUAAAAAUACUGUGUAGAAUGACACAUUGUUUUAUUUAAUGCCCAUAGAACCACUAAAUGGCAUUGGAGCAUCUCGACACCAUUACCUCUCAAUAAAUAUGCAUCCUGGAAACAAUCCUGUGUCCUUCUGCGAUUACAGAUAGCUAGCUAGCUAGCUAGUUAACUUCUACUAAACUAGCUCACGUGUCACAGGUACAGUAGUCCUGAUUGGGAUUUCAGUAUCCGAGGCCUUGUAUACGUGGUCAUAUUCUCAGUAGCCAAACCUUUUGAAAUAUACUGAAACAAACACAAUUGUGUAUAUCACUGACAUUAGUUUGGUAAAGUUUAGCUAAUGUUGUGCUAAAUGACCAGCUAGUUUAGCAUGCGGGUUCUUUGGCUAAAAUCUAUCACCAUUUAAUAAUUUGCAUAUUAAGCACAAUAACUUCCGUUGAGCAUAUUUCAGCUUAUUUAUCACCAGCUGAUCUCAUACAUGAAGUUCACAAUAGAGUUCAGGGGUACUUUAAACAUCAGUGCAUUUAAGUGUGCUGUGUAAAUAUUUAUGAUAUAUAUAUAUA